AAAUAAAUAAAUGAGAGAAGAAAAGAGCACUGAGACAUUUUGUGCGAAUCCUCCGUCGAUUCCGUGCGUCUGAAAUCAUACCAACAUUUUUCUGGUCUCCUUCUCUAUAAAUACCUUUCCCCUUCUUCCAUCUUCUUCCUCAACAGUUUCAAUCAACGGGUACAGAUCUUCAUUUUCGAAGGUUUGUAGACUGUUGGCAAGUCAUCUUAUUAAUUGCUUCUGGAAGUUAAAAGUUUGAGAGAUGACGAUGAAGCAGUGAUUAGCAUUUUUAUUGCUUCAAAUACUAUCUUCCUCAGUAUGGAAAAUGUGCAAAAUCAGCACGUUGCUGGAACAGAAAGUUUUCCGAUGAAGCUCAUGAAUCAAGAAAAAGAUAAUCGAAUAAACAAUGAUAUUAUGACUCGUCGACUAAAGAAUCGAGAAAGGCAACGCAGAUAUAGAGCCCGGAAACGAUUAGAAGAAGAAAUAAGGAAGGCUUCAACCAUAAAACAACCAAUUCAGACAGGAACAUAUUUUCAACCAAAUGGCUUCAAAAACAAUCCCUUGAGUCGGGUGCAUUGUAGCCGAAAUUGGAAGAAGGAAGCAAGAAGUGCCAAUAUAUCUAGGGGGUUAGAAGAAGCCUCUUGUAAUAGUUCCAAUAUGGCUGCAAGAACAUCAACCAGUGAGAGUCAACUGCAGUGCAUACCCUCUAAUGUUGAUCCACAAUUAGAAACGCCAUCACACUCGGAGCCACCUACCGAAUGGCUCAUCUCUGAAACAGCAAAAAAGGUGCUUGGUCGAAGAAAUUGGAAAGCAGAUGCGAGGAAGAAGAAUUGAAGCGUUGAGUUGACGUUCUUCUUAAACUAUUGGUAACAUGAAUGAAAUUAUGCUUAUCAUUCGCUAUCGUACUUGGGGCUGUCGCUGUGUUUUUCCAUCUGGAAUGAACAUUCAACCGUUGACGAAGAUGCCCUUUGAAGGAUUUUCACAUGAAGCUGAACAAUUAUUGUAUGCAUAGAUUGGGGUUGAGAAACAAGGUAGAACUCCCCGGGUUGAAGGCGGUCGGAUGUGUUUUGAAAUAUUUGUAAGUGUUUGAUGAUUAUUAGUUAAGAGUCAUUGAGUAAGGAAUACUUGAGGUGUAGAUAUACAGGUUUAAGCCUUGAGAAUAUCCCUGUUGAAUAUGGAUAUCCCAUAUAUUAAUUAAUAUUACAGAGUUUUUUCAUUUUAAUUUUAUAGCAUUUUGCUUUAUCCAAAAA